GUUCACCCAGCGCCUGCUGACCCUGGAGCGCCGGCCGCCGGCCGAGCUGGUGGACCGCUUCCUGGGCUGGUUCGAGAAGUACACGGGCUUCUACGACGGCUCGGACACGUGGUUCAACACCUCGGGCCGCGGCCUGACGCAGUACAAGGAGUGCGAGGGCGACCUCGCGAUGGUCUGGAAGCGCAACGGCUACCGCUCGGUGUUUGACCUGCUCACCAAGCGCUACCCGCACCCGGACCAGGAGCUCCCGGUUCGCCGGCGAGUGCUGCUCAACAGCGAGGUCAGCGCCAUCCGCUGGGCGGACCGCGUCUACGGGUCCCAGCGCCUGGGCGCCGGCGAGGACGUCCUGGACACCGUCGAGAACAACGACGUGCACCACUCCACCCAGCAGCACAACGAGGUGACGGAGACCGCGGACGCCGCCGACCCGUACACGGCGACCGAGGACGCGACCGAGGCCGGCGCCGUCACCGAGACCGCGACCCAGGCGGCAGCCGAGGAGGCGCCCCAGUCGGACCAGGGCAGGACGGCCAACCCGCCGGUGGUGGUGGAGCUCUCCAACGGCGGCCGGCACACGGCUGACAUCGUGCUGGUGACCGUGUCCCUCGGCGUGCUCAAGCACUCCGCCGACGCCCUGUUCGACCCGCAGCUGCCAGCGCGCAAGAUGAACGCCGUGAGGAACCUGGGCUUCGGCCAGGUGAACAAGCUGUUCAUGUACUUCUCGGAGCCGUGGUGGCCGAGCGGCCUGAGCGGCUACAGCGUGCUGGUGACCGGCGAGGACCUGGAGGAGUUCAAGCGCAAGUACCCGCAGUACGGCGCCCAGGGCCACUGGGUGCACGGGCUGUCGGGCUUCUACAUCGACCAGCACAAGCCCAACGUCGUGCUCAUGGACUGGAUCGUCGGCGAGCCGGCGCGGGUCAUGGAGGCCUACUCGGACUACCAGAUCAUGAUGGGCUGCAAGAAGUGGCUCGACAUGUUCCUCGGCCACAACUACAGCAUCCCGCUGCCCGUCGGCUUCACGCGCUCCAAGUGGUGGAGCAACCCCCACUUCCGGGGCUCGUACAGCUACCGCUCGCUGGACUCGGACCGCGCCGACGCGUGGGCCGCCCACCUCGCCGAGCCCAUCCUGGACAUGCAGGGAGAGCCGGCCGUCCUCUUUGCCGGAGAGGCGACGCAUGAUCACUACUACUCCACGGUCCACGGUGCCAUCGAGAGCGGGUGGAGAGAGGCUGACCGCAUCUUAAAGUCCCAGGGAAGGUAUAGGACACCCUACGCCGAGGAAAGAAAUCGACAACGUUGAUAGUUUUCAUUUGAUAGAAGAGGAAAGUGUGUGUCAACAACUGUGACUUACAGACAACAUUAUGAACUAAGACAAUUCAUUAAUCGUGGAACUGAUCUUCUCAUCAAGAACCUCAUGUCAACUAGUUCUGCAUAGGUAGACUGAUAGGGAAGGUACCAUGGAGUGGAUGUGCACUUUAUUCAUCAAUCUCUGAAGACGAAUUUUAACGAUUCCAUUGAAAUCUAGUCCUUCACUUCUCAAGCAGGACUUGGGAAAAUUCAAACUGUCGUUAUCAUCUCCAUCUUAGGAGGGAUAGGCCAAGCAGCAAAGGCAUUCCCGAUAUGCCAUAUGGUGGUCAGUAAAUUAUUUAUCAUUAUGUAAAUGAAAAGG